UGGACGCACCUGCCUUCCCGCUCCCCGCUCUUCCGGAAGCGGAGCUACGUACCGGCGUGCAGCCGGCCGGGAAGGUGCCGGGAAGGUGCCGGGUGAACAGUCUGCAGGGGGCUGCGCCUGACCUCCGCGUGGGGCGCCAUGGACGACGCCGGCAGCUCCGGAGGCAGCGGAGGCUUCCGCCCGGGCGUAGACAACCUGGAUGAGCCGCCCAACAGCCGCAUCUUUCUAGUGAUCAGCAAGUACACAUCCGAAUUGGUGCUGAGGGAGCGCUUCUCGCCCUUCGGAGACAUCCAGGACAUCUGGGUGGUGCGCGACAAGCACACUAAGGAGUCCAAGGGCGUCGCCUUCGUCAAGUUUGCGCGCAGCUCACAGGCCUGCCGGGCUAUGGAGGAGAUGCAUGGACAGUGCCUUGGUCCCAACGACACCAAGCCCAUCAAGGUUUUCAUUGCCCAGUCCCGAUCAUCAGGAAGUCACAGGGAUGUUGAAGAUGAAGAACUCACAAGAAUCUUUGUUAUGAUACCAAAGUCCUAUACAGAAGAAGACCUGAGGGAGAAGUUCAAGGUGUAUGGAGAUAUCGAGUAUUGCAGCAUUAUUAAGAAUAAAGUCACUGGAGAAAGUAAAGGCUUGGGCUACGUGCGCUAUUUAAAACCAUCACAAGCUGCCCAAGCAAUAGAAAACUGUGAUAGAAGUUUCAGAGCACUCUUGGCUGAACCUAAAAGUAAAGUGUCGGCCGAGUCCCCAGAACAAGAUUAUUACAGUAGCGCGAGGCAGGAGGCUUCGGGACAUGAACCUAGAACAAAUCUGUUUCCCUUCGUUGGAGAACAGCAGUCUGAGUUUUCAACUUUUGACAAGAGUGAUAGCAGAAGCCAAGAAGCUAUCUCCAAACGCCUGUCAGUGGUGUCGAGAGUCCCCUUCACGGAAGAGCAGCUCUUUAGCAUUUUUGACAUAGUCCCUGGACUGGAAUAUUGUGAAGUUCAGCGAGAUCCUUAUUCAAAUCAUGGUCAUGGUGUGGUUCAGUAUUUUAACGUAGCAUCAGCUAUUUAUGCAAAAUACAAACUGCAUGGAUUCCAGUACCCUCCUGGGAAUCGGCUGGCUGUUUCCUUCCUGGAUGACGGAAGUAAUAUGACAGAUCUCAUUAGGAAAAUGGCGACACAGAUGGUGGCAGCACAGCUCGCGUCGGUGGUGUGGAGUAACCCGAAUCAGCAGCAGUUUCUGCAGCAAUUUGGAGGAAGUUCUGGGUCACAGGCGCCUCAAAUCCAGACAGACGUCGUACUUCCAUCGUGCAAAAAGAAAGCCCCGCCUGAAACGCUUGUGAAAGAAAGGCUGUUUAUUGUGUUUAAUCCCCAUCCUCUGCCAUUAGACGUGUUGGAGGAUAUAUUCUGCCGCUUUGGGAACCUGAUCGAGGUCUACCUUGUGUCGGGAAAAAAUGUGGGCUAUGUCAAGUAUGCCGAUAGAAUGAGCGCCAAUGACGCCAUCACAACUCUGCACGGGAAGAUUCUGAAUGGGGUCAGGCUUAAAGUUAUGCUGGCAGACUCCCCAAGAGAAGAAUCCAAAAAGAGGCAGAGAACUUACUGAGUCUUAAGAGACAGUAACUCAAGAACACAUGGACCUUGGGAACUAAAGGUAUGGUAUGGCUAGAGGGUCAGACAGCAUGCUUAGGAAAACGUAACACUGCAGCUUGCUCAUUGUAGCGCAUCUACUUUGAGCUGAGCAAAUGUGAUUGAUGGCUGCAUUUGCUCCCAAGGAUGGUAUAGACCAUGAUGGGAGAAAAUGCACACGUAGUUUGAAAAACACACCAGUCCCUGCAAAAUCCAUCUGAGAGACUGCCCCAGAAAAGGGAAUUGAGGCUGCUCUUUAGGAAUUGAAAGUGUUCAUGUCAAGGUCCACAUGACCUAGCAGAGAUGCAGGUUGGCAGAGGCCACAACCACUGUAGCGCUCAUAAAACCACCCGCCUAACCAUAUCACUACACACUCAGGAGAAAGAAGACUUCAGGGGGCUAUUUUAAGAAAAUUAUGGCAUUUGAUAUGUGAAACUCUGUGACAAGGUAAGUACUGUUUCCAACAAAAACUGGAGAACUAUUAAGCUCAGUCAGAUAAUGGAAGUGGCCAUUCCCAGAUGUUCUUCAGAGUCUGUGUUUUGUGAACUCUCGGCUGUUUUUUUGCAGCUAACUGAGUUUUGUAUUUCGUUUGGAAUGUUUUGUUCCAACCAGUAAUGCUUAGGUCAUAGUAUCCAGUAGCUAGGUCAGAUUGUUGGGGGUAUUUGUUCAAUUGUUUUAUUUAUUUUUUAAAAUUCUGUAAAAAGAAUUAAAAUUGUCUACUCCAGUGUUGCUUACCAAUUUAUUUAAAGAUGUGAUAUAUCAAAA